AAAGUCAAGAAUCAAUAUCAGAGAAGCUUUUAAAUGAAACUUUAAAAAUAACUUUUAAACAAAGUCGCAUCACAGCUUGAACGUGAGGAAUGCUGUGUGGGCUGAGCUGUCAUGUUGAAUGAGAGAACAGCAGAUGAGGCGGCCCAUAUCUGGACUCACAGAGUAACCUGAGAUGUGUUUGAACGGGAGGAGCAAACCCUGAAGAAAGGGGGCCGAGCAACUCUCUGUGUGUGUCUAUGUCUGAUGGAAAGAACAAGGGAAGCGCAUUAAAAGGGGCGUGUGGUAAAAGUGGUGGCUGCGAGUGAAAGAGGGAGUUCCCAAAGUUUCGGAUGCACACUUAUGUGUGCAGCUGCAGAUUUGACUUUUGGAAAAAAGAAAUGGGUUAAGAGGUUGAAAAAGAUCCAGGAGGACAAACAUGAGCAGAGGGCGACUCACCCCGGGAUUGUUGCUUCGUUUGGGGAUCCUGUUCAUGUUCGUCUGCUUGUGUAUCUACGUUUACCUGGAGACAGGUUGGAAGGCCUCCCCUGCAUCCUUGGAUUCGGGAACCCAAUUUCCCCCAAAUUGGGGUCAGUUAAGAAUAAAGCUGGCCUCUGCAGAAGAGGAGGAAAGCUGGGAAAUCUCCUACAUUCACACUCAGGACAGUGAACCCACUCUGCACAAAAAGGCGCCGCGGUGGCGCAUAGAUCUGCAGCCGUGGGCCGGUCCGAAGCCUUCCCUGGAGGAUGAAGCUAAAAGGUUCCUCAGUUACAUCACAACCCCACAAGUGUCAUGUGCCUCAUUAUCCAGUAAGAGAACUGCCUGGAAAGGAUCCUCCAAGGGCUGGGCAGUUUGCCUGGAUCCCAAAUAUAGCCUGAUCCAAAAGACAAAAAGCAAAAGCUGCCGGGUCUACUCUUUUGGGCUGGGAGUGACUGACUGGUGGCUGGAGCGUUUUCUUGGGAGAUCAGGGUGUCAGGUCCACUGCUUCGAUCCCAGCCUAAAGCAGCUCCACCAACAGGACGCGGAAAUGUGGCUCCACCGUCUCUCCGUGGACUGGCGGGAUCCGAACCCCGCUAUAGCGCAGCAUCAACACGCCAACAGCAAGAAACUCGCUACCAUACUUAAUGACUUUGGACACAGAGAGGUGGAUGUGCUUAAAGUAGACAUGGAGAGUGCAGAAUGGAAGAUUCUGGAGAACUUGGUCCUUGAAGGAGUUCUGGACUCGGUGGGUCAGCUGCUGCUGGAGAUUCACCUGCACUGGGCGGGGUUUGAGGUGGGCGGCGACGACCCGUCCGUGGUGCGGUACUGGUUCAGCCUCCUCAAGGAACUUGAAGACGCUGGUUUCAACCUCUUUUACGCUCACAGAAAUCCGUCCAAGCCGCCACUGUUUCUGCAGAAAAACCUCCUGAACGCCAGCAGCGCCUACACUCUGGGCUGGGUGAAGUGGAAACCUUCGAUGGUGCCGGAUGAACCAAAAAGUGAAUGACUUUGAAAGACUUUGUUUAAAUCAAGCCGGAUAUUGAGCAGAGCUCCUCCUCCAGCUGGAUUAUUGGCUGCAGGUCAGCCUGAUUCAGUCAACAAGAACCAUGGGACUCGAUGUACAGACAAGCAGAAGUAAAAGUCGGAAAAUAAGUGUACCUCACGGAGCAGCUGCAAAUAUUCAGUGCUGUAAAGCUAUUUAAAAUACAUUUUUAGUCUUUAAAAGAAGUAGAAAAUGGCUACUGCUACCUUUUCCUGAGUUAACACAAUAUUUUAAUAUUUUAUUCCCAGCAUUCUGAGGAAUUCUAGGCUGAAGGUAUUUAUAAGAACACAAAAUAUUCAGUCAAAAAACUGAGAAUUCAAAUUAAAAUAAGAAUUCUGAGCAAAAAAAGUUAGAACGUUGAAAUCAGGAUGAAUAUUUCGAGAAAUGGUCUGACUGUUAAAUUAAAAGAAAAAAACAAAUUUUUGCUACUGAAUAUGUAAUCAGAAUUAAGGGAAUAAAGUGAGAAUUCAGGUGGAAAAAAAUCUAAAGUCAGAACUUUUUAACCAAAACAAAUAUUUAGAAAAUAUAUUUAACAUUUUUUUUAUUUUUAUUUUGUUGCUAUUCAAGUUUUAAUUUCAAGAAAUAAAUUAUUUUUCCCUUUUCAUUUUUUUUACUGAUGCUCCUCAUAUUUUCCAUCCUGUCUUAUAUUUUUAAUUAAAUUUGGUUUUAUAACUUUUGUGUAAAUUUAUAUAUUUUUUGUGUUAAAUAUUAGACUAAAUGUUAGCUAAUUUCUUCUUAAAACUUUAGAAAAGUCUUUUUUUUUUAAUUACUUUUACCAAAAAAUGUGGAAGUUUUUAUGACGGGUAUAAUUUUAGAUAAAUAAAUAAAACAAUAAAUCAGAUAAAAUGUACACAUUGUUUAUUUCCACAAAUUAUGAUGAAAACUUCUUGACCAAAAACAGAUAAAGCGAACAGGAUAGGACGCCACAAUCGGAAUAAAAUACCAAAUUCCAAAUACUAAAGAUAUUUAACUUUCACAUUAUUACAAGUGAAACUGUUGGAAUUUUGUGAAUUAAUGAAUUUAAAAAAAUAAAAACAAGAAGACUGGAUACCAGUCCUUUGCUUUCGCUCGUUUCACACCAAACUGCUCUGUACUUUAGGAAAAUGCCCCCAAACGGACGUAACCGGAGCCGUGUUCAGUCCCAGAGUUUGAUCUGCCCGUCCCACCCGCAGGUGAUGACCUUGGAGGUUUCGUGCGGGUGCCACAGGGCGCUGAUGCACACCUUGUCGUGAGCCUUGAUCCUGUGGUACAGCUUGGUGGUCUUCCAGUCCCAGAUGUUGAGCUUCCCAUCUGCAUCCCCUGAGACCACGUAGCUGAUGGAGGAGAAUUGGUUCAAGGAAAAAAAAAAAAAAAAAAGGGUGUAGGAGGGUAUGAUUAGCACUUUACUAAAAUUACUUGCGACUCACUUCCACCUGCCAAAAGGUGGGAUUGAAAAUACAUUUAUAUAUAUAUUUUUAUCCAGCUCAGAAGUUGCGGUGUUGCCAUGGAUACCGAGAGGAAAGUGAGGGCACCUACUCGGAGAGGUGGUGGGUGAAAAGAGACGAGGGAUGUGUCGGCUGAAAUUUGGGAUUUAGACUGGCCUAGUUCGGAGCUCUUUGUGUUUCAGUUAAGAAAAUAUGAAGCAGCUUCUCCUCCGUCUUCCUUUAUGAGCAGAAGUUAGUGUCUUUUUGGAAGUUCUGACGUGUGAACCAAAGAUAAUUU